AUGAAGACCACGACUAGAGUGGGGGGAUACUGUAGACGACCAGAGUGUGGGGUGUACUGUGGACGAACAGAGUGUGGGGUGUACAGUGGACGAACAGAGUGUGGGGUGUACUUUAGACGAACAGAGUGUGGGGUGGACUGUAGACGACCAGAGUGUGGGGUGUACUUUAGACGAACAGAGUGUGGGGUGGACUGUAGACGACCAGAGUGUGGGGUGUACUUUAGACGAACAGAGUGUGGGGUGGACUGUAGACGACUAGAGUGGGGGGUGUACUUUAGACGAACAGAGUGUGGGGUGUACUUUAGACGAACAGAGUGUGGGGUGGACUGUAGACGACUAGAGUGGGGGGAUACUGUAGACGACCAGAGUGUGGGGUGUACUUUAGCCGAACAGAGUGUGGGGUGGACUGUAGACGACCAGAGUGGGGGAUACUGUAGACGACCAGUGUGUGAGGGGUACUGUUGGCGACCAGAGUGUGGGGUGUACUUUAGACGAACAGAGUGUGGGGUGGACUGUAGACGACUAGAGUGGGGGAUACUGUAGACGACCAGAGUGUGGGGUGUACUUUAGACGAACAGAGUGUGGGGUGUACUUUAGACGAACAGAGAGUGGGGUGGACUGUAGACGACUAGAGUGGGGGGUGUACUUUAGACGAACAGAGAGUGGGGUGGACUGUAGACGACUAGAGUGGGGGGUGUACUUUAGACGAACAGAGAGUGGGGUGGACUGUAGACGACUAGAGUGGGGGGUGUACUCGCUAGAGUAUUGUUAUCAUAUGUUGUAUGUUUUAUUACUGCUGUAUUUUUAAUUUAAUUUUGUACUGACUAUAUUUUAUUUUUAAUGAAGAAAUAUAUGUGUCAUAUAUUAGAAUAAAAAUUAUUAAAAUUACUUUUACGUUAAUGCAGGUUCAAAUCAAGUAUGAAAAAUGUCUUAAGAGUAGCCAGCAUAUUAUCACAACACUGGAAUAGUAUUGGUUUGGUUUUUAACUUCACAGCUGGCACUAAAAAGUAAAUGCUGCCAACAUUCAGUUUGGAAAGAGGCCGAUACGUUCAGUCCAUGACGCUGCCAACAUUGUAGAGUUUACACUCCUCGUCUUCCCUAACGUAACUAUCAAGAUGCCCCAUGUUAAAGAUGUACGGGACUCAAAGUAUCUUAGGCCAACACAAACAACGAUGCAUUCAAAUCUCCCGCUCUUUUAUUAAUGUUUCCGAACACAGCCGUAUCGUUUUCAUUCAUUUCUUUUCCUCAUUCUCUCUUCCUUUCCAGACUUGUAUUACUAAUAACUAUAUCGACGGUCGCUGUCUGCACUCUGUCUCGCCACACUUCUGCCAGGAUUGUAUCAAUUCGUGCUAUGAUGCUUAUAUACAGAUCUCAUUCCUCACUCAAGUAAACUCCUAGCAGAGACCUUUCCAUUGCAACUUUACCUUAACAACGUUUGGCCAAGGUGGACGUGUUUGUCGACAACUACAAGGACCGACCUCUGUUGGCACGAGCCUGAUGUGGUCUUUUCUACAUGUUCUUGGUUUGGACCUUGUCCAUGGCCAUUGCCGUUAGUUUUGAUGUUAGAGUCCGCUCAUCCACACUAGCUACUCGAAGAUUCGUGAGGUGCUUCUGAUUCAUGGUAAAGCCAAGUCUUCUCCGCUCCAACACCUUAAAGAUUUUCGUCAAAUUUGUAUUAUUUUUACUCCAUUUAAUAAGUAGGAUUUUCUUAAAUGUUGGUGUAGUUUGUAAAAGAUAGACAGUCUUGACAUUGGAAGAAUACACCGUGCGCAUUAAACACGGCUCAAAGUUACAAAUUAAAAAAUUGAAGAUGUAAUUGCUAUUUUUACUUAAAAUAUAGUAAGUAAAUAGUAAGUUGUGGAUCAAGAGUUAUUAUAAGUGAGAAGGGCGCCAUUAUUUAAAACCAAUACAAAAAUUAUUUUGGUAAAGGUUUCCUCGACUACACAAAUGAUUAUUUAAACAACUUAAUUUUUUUUUGCUAUAACUUGGAACUUACUGGAAUUAUGGAAUAUUUUGCCAAUCUCAACGUUUUUAUUUAAUGAACGAUUAAAAAAAAACCAACAGCAAUUUUUGGAGAAAAA